AUGAAGUCGCCAGACUCCGACUUUCGGUAUAUGGCGUUAAAUGACCUGGUGUCUGUGGUUAGCCAUGAAUCGUACGCCUACCAUCCUCUCGAGGAGAAACUGGAAUCUGCAGCUGUGCAGCAGACCUUGGAUCUGCUUAAAGACAAGAACACCGAAGUGAAGAACCUUACUGUAAAGACACUGGGCACAUUGUCUACCCAUGUGCGCGACGCUAAUUACACUGUAAUUAUCACAAGCCUCACCAACUUGGUGCUCGGCGAGGGCGAAGAGGAACGCGAUAUUGCGUCGCUCGCUUUACGCACGGUGAUGCAAGAGAUUGGCGAGAACUCACCGCGUGCUCAAAUUGCGGUCCAAACCGUAAUUCCCGCGUUUGUCGGCCAGGUCCAAUCGGCCAGUGUGAACGCAGCACAGCGGAUCAGUGCGAUGGAUGUGCUGAACGAUACAGUUUCGCACUUUCCUAUGUGCUUAGCACGUCAGAUUCCUUUACAAUACUUAAUUUUAGACACGCUACUGGGCGCGCUGCAAGGCAGGAUGGCUAUGUGCAAGCGUGCAAUACAAGGGCUCGGCAUGUUGGCGGUUGAAUGCACGCCCGAAGCAUAUGCCAAGAUUCUGAACGAUGGCCUUGCGGGACUCAAAGGCUCGAGAGAGCAAGUGCGCGUUUCUGUGCAGCUGCUUGGCUUGUUGGCUAGGGAGACGCUGAUGCGCCUGCGCCCAAGCUCGCCCGAGUAUGCACAGCAAGUUGUGCAGCUUCUCCGCUCCUUGGGUGACCAGCCGGAUGAGGAAGCAGACGAGCUGCGCGAAUUGUGUCUCCAGACGCUUACUUCUUUGUUCACGUACAGCAUUAUUCCAGGCUCUAUCGACGUGCAUCCCUUGGUCGAGCUGGACCUUUUGCUUCUCAAGCACGAUCCGAACGCGGCGGAUUACAAUGACGAGGAAGAAGUAGAAGAGGACGAGGAUGAUCUUCUGGACGAGCAGUACUCGGACGACGACGAUCUUUCGUGGAAAGUGCGUCGUGCCGCUUGUAAACAGCUUGCCUCCCUCUUCCAGCACCACUUGGACGCCGUGCGUCAAAUGGCGUACACAAUUACGAGCGCAUUGACUGCACGAUUCGGCGAACGCGAAGAAAAUGUGCGCCUCGAGAUCUACUCCACGUUUACACUAUUUCUCCUGCGGCUUGCCGGCGAUCCGGAAGUGAAUGCGCUGCAGAAACGCAAGCACGAUGCAAGCGAACUCGCUUUGCCGUGCCCAGACGCUGCGCCGCUGUUGGACUUGCUGCCUGCGGCAGUGCGCAGUUUGUGCGCACAGGCCAAUACUGGCUCUGCUGUGACGCAAAUUGCGUGCCUCGAUACGUUGGCACAGCUGGUCCUGGUGUUUGGUGGGGGUAUGGCCCAGCACUCGGACGCGAUCCUUCAUUCUAUCCGUCGCGUACUGCAAGGAGGAAAAGAUGCAGCCGGAGGGCGCAGUAGGACACUCGCCGCCGUGGCGCUUUUUUCGGAGCUGGCCGCGGCGGCGCCAAAAGAAACUGCGCGGCAACUCGACUAUGUUGUGCAUGUGUUCUCCGAAGCGAGUUUCAGCAAACAGCAUCGCACGGCAUUGGAGGGAAUGCGUGCGACCGCGCUGCUGAUUUCAAGUGUCGUGCCCGUACUCGGCGCACAAGCGAUCCAGCCUCAGCUGAUGCGUCUGUACCAAGUUGCAAUCGAUGUAAUGCAGCGAGCCGAGGAAGACCAAUCGCUGCGCGAAGCAUCGCUUGCCACGCUCGGCCUCCUGCUGAGCCUAGGCGCUUCUGCCUUGGAAGAUGCUUUGCCUGUGGCAUUGGACACGCUCAAGGCGCGGCUACAGCACGAAGUGCUACGCCCCGCAGCACUCGCUGUCACGCUGGACGUGUUGCAGAGUGCCGACAGGCAGGGCCUUUAUUGGGACGCAUUUGCAGGCGGAUGCUUGCCGAUCCUAAUUGGCCUCGCCAAGAAUGCGCACAAACACAAUGGCUUAUUGGCACUCGAGUGCUUGCAAGCCGCCAUCUCUCUGCUUCGCGAGCAGAUGCCAGUACAGGACCGUACUGCAAUUGUCCAGCUACUCGCUACGAUCCCGCUGCAGAUCGAGUCGCCUGCACUGGCGCCUGCCCUUGCGCUCGCCGAUGUACUUGUCGAGGUCGAUCCGACGCUAGCGCGCGCAGUUGCAGAUGCACUGCUGCCGCCGCUCCUCCCUUUGCUUGGCUCACCGGUAUUGGCGCCCAAGGCUGUGGAUGCGCUCACCGUUCUGCUUCGGUCCCUGGCCGCGGCGGAAGAUGCACUUGCGCCAGCGCUUGUGAGCAGCUUGGAGCGUGCGUGGGAGACACAGAGUGCAGGGCAGCUGCAUAAUGUGCCAGUGCCGCUCGCCUUUGCGCGGUGCUUGGGCGCUGCAGCGAGUACUUCUGCCGCGCUUCCCAGUGUGCUUGGCCGUGUAAGCGAGAUGGUCGGUGCUGUAGACUCUGCAGGACAGUCUCUGGCGUUGUACACACUGGGGGUGCUUGGACAGCAAGGUACACUAUGUGGUUGGCCGAACGCGAGCAGUACAUUUGCACGAAUCCUCGCCGCGCCAGAAAGUGCGGGCCGUUCGUUUGCAUUGGGCGGAAUGCUCCUCGGCGACGCACAGUUCCUUGCGCUCGUCCAAGCACGGCUCGAUCAGGAACCGUUGCAGACAUUACGCAUAUUCCGCGAUGCACUCGCCAUUGCUUCGCACGAGCAGCUCAAACAUAUGUCCCACACGCUGUGGCCAGCCAUAUUUGCGCUUGGAAUGCCGGAAGAAGUUGACGACGCCGGACAGGUAGCAUUGGACGUUUGCAGCGAAUGUGUGGCACGGAUGGUGUUCACCGAGCCACCCACGCUGCUCGCCGAGCUCGAGCGCGAAGUAAACUCGCCGCUCGCAUCGCGCCGCGCCAUGGUGCUUGGCGCCGUGCGAACAAUGGUCACAUUGGACCGAGCGCAUGCACUCGACGAGUCUCUCUCUCCUGCGCUCUGGUAUUUCCUGCAACUGCUCUCUGAUCAGCACCUGCUUGUACGCCGCAAUGCGGUCAUGGCAUUGCAUGCUGCGCUGUACAAUCGCCCAGAUUUGGUAAAGGCGCACCUGGGCAUGCUCCUGCCCAAGCUGUUCCAGGCGACAGUCGUGCGCGAGGACCUGAAGCGCAAAGUGGCCAUGGGUCCAUUCACAGUGAUUCAGGAUGACGGGCUCGAUCUGCGCAAGAACGCGCUCGAGACCAUCUUUACCCUGCUGGAUAACAGCUUCGAGCAGGUGCAUGUUCCUGACGUUGCGAAAUGUGCCGUGCAGACGCUGUCUGACGACGACGGAAUUAAACUGCUUGGGUGCCUGAUCAUUGUACGGCUCGUGGAUUUAGUCCCGGGACAGAUAGCGCCGUUCUUGUCUGAUAUGGUCGGGCCGCUGCGCACAAUCUUGACGCGAAAGACACGCGACGGUGCAACCAAGCAGGAAAUCGAGAAAGCAACGGAGCUCACGCACGCAGCUUUGCGUGUCUUGGCCAAGCUCGGUACUACUUGUGAGGUCUCCGCUUAUCCCGACUUUAACGAGCUGCUCUCCCAGACGCAGCAGUCGCCGCACGGCGCACUGCUAGCCAAGCUUGUAGUGUAG